UGCCAAAGAAGAAGAACAGCACGCAGCCGUGUCGUUGCUUUGAUCAUGCUGCAUGUUUCUGUGUGCGAAAUCAGCUGCUUCACCUCGGGCCACGAGCAGGCUCCAUGGUGAAUGGUUGGGGCUCGGCUUCAGAAGAUGAUGACAGAAACUUCUCCAGCAGAAGGUCUAGUGCCGGCAGCUCCUCUGAUGGCUCACUCUUCACCCAUUGCAGCUUUGCACGAGCCCUGGUGGCGGCCGCAGACAAGGCUGGUUACUGUCUGGACGGCACCAGCCUGAGCAAGAGAGAUAAAGGUCUACCUCAUAGACCUCGUCCCGCUAGCCCGUUCUCCACAGAUGGAAGCACGGUGGGCACACACAGCCUGGGUCACCAGCGGGCGGCAAGGCCCACCCGCAAACACAAAGGCCCUGGCGCUGCCCCGCACCGCCGUGAUGCCAGUGCUGAUGAUCUGCCUCCACCACCAGAUCCUCCACCCUGCCAGACAGCUCGUGUCCAGGGGGUGAGGAACAUGCCCAACCCCUCUGACCACAAGGCCUCGUCCUUGGAGAGGCAACCCAUGAUGGGCCUGGAGGAGAUGAAGAGUUCCUUGGACCGGCAGGCCCGAACCUCACUGGAGCGCCACCAACAAGCCCUGGAAAGACUGGGAUCCAUAGAGAGAGGAGACGAGAGCAGAAGAGGACAGAAAAACGGUCCUGUUUCAGAAGAGGCCAUAUUGCCAUACAACAAACCAUCAUUCCCAUCUCCCGGGGGCCACAGCUCUUCUGGGACGGCCUCCUCUAAAGGGUCAACAGGUCCUCGUAAAGGUGAAGGGACAAGGGGACAGCACCAGCGCUCCAACACGGAGCAGGGCGAAAGCAGCUACAUGGGGAUCAACGCGCAGUACUCUGGAGAGUUAUAGUGAGCCUUUUUGAUGGAAACUGAAGAAUGCCUUUAUCUGU